GCGACGGACGGACGGACGCACGCCAAGCCCCGCCCAGGAGCGACCGAUCGUGCGACGCACGCGCAGCCUCCCCCUCUGUCUUCAUCUUCAGCCUCCAUCCAGCCCGUCUUCGUCAUCAUCGCCAUCACCAUUGUGUGGCGCCAUCUGCUGGCAGAAGAUGGCCCUCCCUCACUCCCUCCCAAAGCCUUUCCUGCUUUGGCUGUCAAUGACUGUCACGUGACGGGAGGGGUUGGGGGCGAACAGGUAGAACAGGCUCGGCGAAUGAGCGAAGGUGUCGAGGAGCUGCACCUGGACGAGCAACGAAGAGCGCGAUCGACGUCAUGGCGGUCAACAAAGGCAUCAAGUAUCUCCUCUUCUUCUUCAACCUUCUCUUCUGGCUGAGCGGCUGCAUCAUCCUGGGCGUGUCCAUCUACCUGAAAGUCAACAAGGACGGCAACAGUAUCACCAACGAGUACCUGCCGGGCAUCGACCUCCUCAUCGCCGUGGGCGUCAUCAUCAUGCUCUUGGGCUUCCUGGGAUGCUGCGGCGCCAUCAAGGAGAACAGAUGCUUGCUCAUUCUGUUCUUUGCCAGCCUGCUCCUCAUCUUCAUCCUCCUGCUGGCGGCAGGAAUUCUGGGCGCCGUUGGCGAGAAUAAGGUGAAGGAGUGGGUGAGGGAGCGCCUGCAGAAGCUGACGCCGCUGUCCGAUCAGCCCGAGAGCGUCAGGAAGGACCUGGAGAAGCUGCAGGAGGAGCUCAAGUGUUGCGGCCUGGUGAACGGAGCGUCCGACUGGGCCGUCGCCCCCGACUCGUGCCGAUGCGUCGGCCCCGACCCGCUUUGCGGCCCCGGCGGCCUCUACAACACGCCGUGCUCCACGCAGAUCAUCCGCCUGAUGGAGAAAAACAUGGAGGUGGUCAUCGGCAUCGCCUUCGCCAUCGCCAUCCUGCUGAUCGCCGGCAUGGUUUUCUCCAUGAUCCUCUACUGCCAGAUCACCAAGCAGGGCGGCGCCACCACCGCCGCCUGAACUCUCAAGGUGCGCCAGCAACUCUUUGGACUGCACAGCGUUGGUUGGUUGGAGAUGAUUUGCUGCCCACGUGGCGUCAACGGAGGAAUAACGAGCCUUAUUUUGUAUUGUUUUUCCCCCUUUCGGACGGUCUUCUUUUUGCUGUCACGUGAAUUUCUGUUUGAUAAAUUCGUCCCACCAUGAACGUCAGUUUGCUGC